AUGUCUGGUCGUGGCAAACAAGGAGGCAAGACUCGCGCCAAGGCUAAGUCGCGGUCGUCCCGCGCAGGCUUGCAGUUCCCGGUGGGGCGAGUGCACCGCCUGCUGCGUAAGGGCAACUACGCCGAGCGGGUGGGGGCCGGCGCGCCCGUGUAUAUGGCGGCAGUCCUCGAGUACCUGACUGCCGAAAUCCUGGAGCUGGCGGGCAACGCGGCCCGAGACAACAAGAAGACACGCAUUAUUCCUCGUCACCUGCAGUUGGCCAUUCGUAAUGACGAGGAGCUGAACAAGCUGCUGGGCAAAGUCACCAUCGCCCAGGGCGGCGUUUUGCCGAACAUUCAGGCCGUGUUGCUCCCCAAGAAGACGGAGAGCCACCACAAGGCGAAGGGCAAGUGA